CUAUAUAAACACGUCACACCGCCUCUGUCGCAGUCUGAUCUAAGGACAUUAAACCUUGUGUUGUGUUCAGUGUAGUUGUUUAUAUCUUCCUGUUUACGUCAGUAAUGGCGUGUCCUGUGAAUCACACGGCAGCCGAGUUGAACCCUGCCCUCCUCCCCAUAGACUGGCUUCUGGGGGCCUGGGAGUCAGAGGAGCCUGGAGAGGGCUGCUUUCCAACCAUAAAUCCUUUCCGCUACACAGAGACUCUGCACUUCAGCCAUGUGGGACAACCAAUGAUGAACUUCAUGUUCAAUGCCUUCCAUGCAGAGUCUAAAAAGCCUCUGCACCGGGAGUGUGGCUUCAUUCGAAUGCAGCCAGGAACCAACAGAGUGGCGUUCAUCGCCGCACAAAACUCAGGUCUGGUGGAGAUUGAGGAGGGGGAGCUGACUGGGAAGCAGCUGAACCUGCAGUCCCACACUCUGGCCAGAAUCUCUUUUGCCAAGGAGCCACAUGUCCAGCAGAUAUCCAGAGUGUUUCAACUCCGUCCAGAUGGAAGGCUGGAGCAGACAGUUUCCAUGGCAACAGACAACCAGCCUCUGAUGCAGCACUUGCACAUCAUCUACCAUCGGUCAUCUUGAUCCAUCACACAGGCAGGCUUCUCAUACUUAUAAAAAAAAAAAACCUUCGUCAUGAAUGACAAAUGUUGCUAAAAAAGGCUU